AUGUCUUCCCCAGCUCUGGGCUCUCACUCUUCCUCUUCCUUCACCCCAGUCGACCGGACCCAGGCCUCUCAUUUCAACCUUGCUGAGACCUCGGGUUCUUGCUGGACUGCUCCCUUCCGGGACGGUCUGCCUACUCCUCCCAGCGACAUGACCGGCGUGACCUACAAUGCCAUUCCACCCGUUGCCUAUGGAGGGAAACCAAAUGGGAUGCCCCAUGUGUAUCCCCACACUCGUCCUCAGUUCGACUCUUUCUCUUCUUCGAUGAUGCCGGUUCGGAAACCGCAGGCCCAUUCUGCCCCCAAGGAUGUCCCUGCCUCUGAGCCCUCGAGCUCCAAGAAGUCGAGUACUGCUUCACAGCUGCGGAUUCCGUCGUCGAUCAACAAUACCCAUGGGAGUCUGGCCGAGUUUGCGGCUCAGAUGACCUGUCUGUUCUGGUUCGAAAAGACAUCGAAACUGCAAGCCAUCGAAAACCGUCAACAUCCUGUUCCUUCGCUCGUCGCCGAAGCGAUUCCCUCGGUUGGAUUCCAGAAAUGGGUGACCACGAUUCUGUCGACCACGCAGGUCAGCCAGAACGUGAUUCUGCUGGCUUUGCUGUUUAUCUACCGAUUGAAAAAGUUCAAUGCGGGGGUCAAGGGCAAGAAAGGUAGCGAGUUCCGGUUGAUGACGGUGGCGCUGAUGCUGGGCAACAAAUUCCUCGACGACAAUACCUACACCAACAAGACGUGGGCCGAGGUGUCAGGCAUUGCGGUGCAGGAGAUCCAUAUCAUGGAGGUGGAAUUCCUCAGCAACAUCCGCUAUGACUUGUUUGCCUCCAAGGCGGAAUGGGGCCGGUGGCACACCAAGCUGGGCCUCUUCGCCGACUACUUCAACCAGGCCUCGAUGCUGCCCGUCGAAUCCGAGAUCAAGACCCCCAUACUGCAUGUCUCGCCUCCUCGUCCGCAGCCCCAGUCACCAUUGUCCAAGCUGCCCUCUCCUCCCUCCGACUCGCUUCGCCCGCCCUCGCAGCCUGACUGGUACAUGCCCGUCCAUGGACUGCCCUACACUGCUCCCCCGCCCCAGCUGGGUGUUGAGCCGCAGUCAACGUCUCGGAAACGGAGCCGUGAUGAGGACGAUGAACUGCAUCCCAUGAAGCGGAUUGCCCUGUCGACCCCCAGCUCUGCCGGUCCCGCCAUGACCGUCCCCUCGACCAUGAACACCAUCCCGACUCUUCCACCCGUCUUGACCCCGACCUCUGCCCCGACGGUCCCGGCACCAAUGGCCAGGCCCAUUUCCCGGCUACCGCGCCCCAACAUCCCUCCGUCCUCCAACCCGAUGCCCCAGACUCUACCUCCCUCUGGAGUUUCUCAACUGCCAGCCCUGAUGCCCCCGGUCUACAACCGGCCAUCGAACUGGGCUCCGCAGAUACCCUCGGUCCCCGCCCCGCCCGUUGCAUCAGGACUGUACAACACACCGUCGCUGCCAAACCGACACCACCCGAGUCCCUUCGGCGUGUCCUCGGGUACAGUGUCGCCAGCCGUGUCUGCGUACGCGGCGCAAACCCCGCAGACGCAUCUCUCCCCGUCCUUCUUCCUGGCCAACCGCAACUCGCCCUACCGGCCCGUGCGCUCUGUCCAUACGCUCCUGAUUCCGCCGCCGUCCACCUCCCUGCAGCAGCAACGCAGCGUGCCCUUCGACCACAUGCACUACCAGCCGUUGGGCAAGACCUCGGCGGACCGCAAGACGGGCCUGCUGCCUCAUAUUCAGCCUGAUGCCUGGAGCCAGGGUCCCUUCCUUCACCCUAUCUAUCCUCCUACUCAGAGCUUCUCUGGUUGA